UGUCGGCGCUGGGCUUUGCCAGCUGUUGCUUUUGUUUGAUUUUUGUUAGAAAUUGUUUUGCAAACAAAAUAAAUAUUUUCCACUAAAUACUAUGGAACAAGAAAUACCAUUUUCCCAACUAUUGGAAAAAGCCGAAGAGAAAAUUUUAUUAGGAAAUGAGCUAAUCAAACAUUUGGAAGACUUCAGCGAAAUACCAGGUGUACAAAAGGUGCAAAGAAAGAUUUACCAGGAAAUAAAAUUCUUGCAAAAGGUCAUUAAGAAUCAAACUUUAAAAAUAAAUCACGUACAAUGUAGUAAUUUAACACACUAUGAGUUCCUGGUGAAAAUUUUAAAGCUGCAACGAGAUGUGGUACAUGUUGACUGUGGUUUCCCGGUCGAUUAUCGAGAAAAUCCCUUAAGAGUUGAUAUUGUAUGUGAAAAUGGCCUGAAGUGGAUUAAAGCAAUUGCCCGCAACUCUAAAUCUUUAACAGAUGCUGCCCGGGGUGAGGCUAGUUAUGGUGCGAGAAGUAUAAUAGAUCAGGCUCAAGAAUUUGUUGAAGCAGCUUCUCAAAAUUUAUGUAUGUUUAAGUGUCCUAAGGUGGUUUUUUAUUUUAGUCAAACUAUAGAAAAUGAACUUUUAACCAUUUUACAAGAGGAGGGUGUAGAAAUAGCUUCUUUAGAACAACCUUCUGAAGUGGUAAACGGUUCAGAUCUCAUUAAUGUUAGUACUUUAAAUUUGGAUAUCACUACAUUGCUGGCUUACAUCAGUAAUGUCUGCAAUGGCGGCUGUAACUGGAUAUUCCAUGAACCUAUUUUAACUGAACAAGCCGAAAAGGAAAGAGACUGUCCUCUGAAACCUAUCUUGGAUAAACUCUUUAUGGAUAAACGUCUCAUUUGCUGUGCCACAGCUUAUAAAUCAUUUCAAGAUAUCGUCUCCCUACUGGGUGGACCCAAGGAAAAAGAACGUGCCCAGGAACUUGCAAAACGUAUAGAAAUAUUACCAGAUGUUGCAACAAUACCAGAAGAACUAGCGACCAUUAAAUAUAGCGGUAAAAUCAAUGAAAGAAGUUUAUUAAUCUUUGCUUUUGGCAUGCAUAUGAAAGCGGUAACUGUGACUUCAAAUAAAGCUUUUGUGCGUUCAGCUAAAAUGCAGGGUAUAAAUGUGCCUGUUUUUACACACCAAGCGCGAGCCUUAACAGAAGCUAAAGAGGAAACUGCCACACCAGUGUAAAGUACUGACAUACCCAUAGAAAAAAUGACUGCAAUAAAAUAAAUAAAAUUAAACUGUAAAUUAUUAUUAAAAUAUUAAAUUGUUAUUUACGUUAUCGAGUUUUUAAGUCAUA